AUGUCGGCCAUCUUUGAUUCAUCCUCACCUUAUGGCUACGGUGCUCAGGCCUCGGGCUCAAAAGCUUCGCAGGCUACUUCAUCUGGUCAAGCUGGCAACCCGCUGGAUUUCUACAGCAAUCCUUCCUCUAACCAUCCAUUCUCUUCGUACUACUCGUCCGGCACUGGGCACGAUGGCUUCGCUACAGGGAGCAAUGCGCGUCCAUCUCUAGAAGGCAACAUGUCAUCGUCGGCGGGCUAUGCGCCAGGAUCAGCCGCACACGCCAUGAUGAGCUCGCAGAUGGGCUUCUGGUCUGCAUUCGGCACGGGUGGAUUCCCCGACGAGCCUCCGCUCAUGGAGGAGCUUGGCAUCAACAUUGGCCAUAUUGUGGACAAGACCUUAACCGUGCUCAACCCUCUGCAUAGCUACUCGGCAUCGCAUGCCAAGGACGCGCACAUGAUGGACGAUGCCGAUCUCGCCGGGCCCCUCUUGUUUUGCUUCCUGUUCGGCAUGACGCUCCUCUUGGCAGGCAAGAGUCAGUUUGGCUAUGUCUAUGGUGUCGCUCUUUUCGGCGCUAUUAGCAUCUACACGCUGCUCAACCUUAUGAGUGAAGGAGGCAUCGAUGCGUAUCGAGUCGCUUCGGUCCUUGGCUACUGUCUCCUACCGCUUUGCAUUCUCAGCACCGCCAGCAUCGUCGUCCGCUUAGAUUCCUUCAUAGGCUACAUCGUCUCGCCUCUCUUCAUCCUCUGGUGUUCCACUUCGGCGUCGGGCAUCUUUGUCUCGAUCUUGCGGCUAUCAGAGCAGCGCCUGCUUGUGGCCUAUCCGGUAGGACUCUUCUAUGCGUGUUUUGCUCUGUUGAGCGUCUUCGAUGUUGGUCAGUGA